CACACGCACACACUUACACACAUCGCCACGCUCGGAUACACUUGUCUGGUGGGGACGUAGGAGUUCUUUUUGAAGACUAAACCUGCAGAACCGAGCGAAACUAACAACGGUUCACAGGAGGAUACGAACCCCGGAGCUUCGGGAGGUUUGCUCUAAGGAGCUAGAGUGGACAUCUUCACACGUCCAUAUGCACAUGGCAUACUGAGCGCAGGUGCAGUGGACAGACCCUCGGUCACAAUGCUUAUCUGACAUUGACUUGAGUGCCAGGCAGGCUUACACCAGCAGAUGAGGAUGAUAAUGAUGAGGAAGCUACUGCGCUAACGCCAGAUGGUUUGGGAAUGAUGGACGUCCCUAAUGGCCAACCAAGCGUCUCCACUUUAACCACUACUGCUUCGGAGAGGAGCAGCAGCUCAGAGUCUCUGAGCGAGAAGGGCUCGGUUGAGCUGAAGAAGAGUUUUGAUGCUGUCGUCUUUGAUGUGCUGAAGGUCACACCAGAGGAAUAUGCAGGUCAAAUCACUCUUAUGGAUGCACCAGUGUUCAGAGCCAUCCAACCUGAAGAACUCUCAAGUUGUGGCUGGAACAAGAAGGAGAAGCACAGUUCAGCUCCUAAUGUUGUGGCCUUCACACGCAGAUUCAACCAGGUGAGUUUCUGGGUGGUGCGGGAGAUUCUUCACGCUCAGACUCUGAAGAUCAGAGCGGAGGUUUUAAGUCACUACAUCAGAACAGCCAAGAAACUGUGUGACAUGAAUAAUCUCCAUGCAGUGAUGGCUGUGGUGUCAGGUCUGCAGAGCGCUCCUAUCUUCAGACUCACCAAGACAUGGGCUCUGCUGAGUCGUAAGGACAAGGCUACGUUUGAGAGGCUGGAGUAUCUGAUGUCUAAAGAAGACAACUACAAGAGACUGAGAGACUACAUCAGCAGCCAAAGCAUGACCUCCUGCAUACCAUAUCUAGGAAUAUACCUGUCUGAUCUGACAUACAUAGACUCAGCAUACCCCUCCACCGGCAGCAUUCUGGAGAACGAGCAGCGCUCCAACCUAAUGAAUAACAUCCUGAGAAUCAUCUCGGACCUCCAGAGAUCCUGCGAAUAUGAUGUACCAGAAUUGCCUCAUGUCCAGAACUAUCUCAACUCAGUCCACUACAUUGAAGAGUUGCAGAAGUUUGUGGAGGAUGACAACUACAAGUUGUCUUUAAAGAUUGAGCCAGCCACCAGCACACCCCGUGCAACUGCCUCUAGAGAAGACCUUGUAGGUCCUGAUGCCUCUGGUUCGCCGCUAUGUGGUCGCCGUGGUAAUGCAGCUGAGGGCGCCCUGCCCAAAGUCCCGCCCACGCCGCCUUCCCCUCGCAACCUCCUCCCGUACGGACACAGAAAGUGUCACAGCUUGGGAUACAAUUUCAUUCAUAAGAUGAACACAGUGGAGUUUAAGAGCGCUACCUUCCCCAAUGCUGGGUCCAGACACCUGCUGGACGACAGCGUGCUGGAAAGCCACACGCCCACACGGGGCCAGGCUGAGAGCUCCACUCUGUCCAGCGGCAUCUCAUUGGGAAGCAGUGAAGGCUCUGAACUGAGUGAAGAAAUGUCUUGGCCUGCAUUUGAGAGGACUCGUUUCUACCACUCUUUGGGCCCAGUCACGCGAGUGGGCCGCAUGUCUUGCAGAGGAGGGCUUAGGCCCAGCAGCUCAGCGGAGUCAGAGGAGUUGGCAGUCCACUUGUACCCCGGAGCAGUGACCGUCCAGGGAGUGUUACGCAGGAAAACACUCCUCAAGGAGGGCAAGAAACCGACGGUGGCUGCAUGGACAAAGUACUGGGUAGCUCUGUGCGGUACUCAGCUCUACUAUUACACUGCCAAAUCUCUCAAAGCCACAGAGAGGAAGCAUUUUAAGUCCACCUCCAGUAAGUGUGUGUCUGUAGUGGGGUUGAUGGCCAUGAUGGCGGACGACCCCGAGCAUCCUGAUGUCUUUCUGCUGACUGACUCUGAGCACGGAAACUCUUAUAAAUUCCAGGCAGGGAACAGAAUGAAUGCUCUGCUGUGGUUCAAACACCUGAGUGCAGCAUGUCAAAGCAACAGACAACAGGUCCCAGCAAAUCUAAUGUCCUUUGAAUGAAAGGGCGAAUCAGAUGGAGAGAGCUGUUAAAAGGCAGGUGCUAAUUGAGGGGAGAGAGGAGCUGAAGGAGUGGAGAAGUUGAGGAGUGAGGGAGAGAAGAGGAGCAGAGAGUGAACACUUAAUGGUAGCUUUUCCACUGCCGUCACCCAGCCUGAGUCACGCAGCGAAGCCCUCCAAACACCACUGCCUUACAGAGUGAAGCACACGCAUGUAUGUGUGUGUUGACGGCUCCACUGGACUGGAGGACUUGAGCCCACUCUCUUCUCUCUC